GGGCGAUGGUAGGUGUUUUAUCUAGUAACAAAGAACUUGAAUUUGGGACUAAUUUUGAACUAGCUAAAUUUGAAGUUGAUGAUUCUGAACUGGGUAAGUUUGGUAAACUGGGUGGUAAAAAAAAGGUAGUUGUUCGAAUAACAGAUGGACUGACAAUAAAAUAUUGA